CACACACACAGUACAGCAAAGCCAGCCAACAGCCGAGCCCGACCAUUCGACUCGGCCGAGAAACGGGUUCGCAGUUGCGAGUUUCACUGAACGCGACCAGUCCGCAUCCAGGUUUUGUCAGGGGAAUGUCGCCCGGUUUCACUGCGCUCUGAAACCCCGUAACUCACGUGCAGGAGACCCCAGUCAGACGAAAAGUGCGUUUCCGCGGUUCGUUUCAGCUGUGUGAACGGUCGGCCAGUGCGUACACAUUCACUCAUUGCUUUUUGGUGCUGUGAUUAUUUAUUAUUCCACGGUUUUUUCAUUAAUUUACACUUGAUUAUUUUAUUUAUUUUUUGUUGUGAUUCAGUGAUCGGACCACCUCUUUGGUUUAUUGUUAUUUUUUGUUUGCGGCUUUUGAAAUGGAUUACUCAGAUGUCCUGCUCUAACACUGUAGUUCCAAUCACCAAACCAAGGGGACAGUAUCACCAGUAAAAGGCCCGUCGUCCGUCCGCGUUCCGUAGUGUUUCUUUGGUGAUCAGUGAGCGUCUCGCUUUCGAGCGACGCCCCACCAAUCCGUCAAACUGGCAGCCAGUGCUCUAGCCUCAAUGAAUCCCCACUACCACCCGUACGGCGGCCCGGAACUGACGUCACCGCAUCCCCCAUCACCGGACAACAACAACUAUCACGGACAUCCGGGUCCGGGCGGACCCCACAAUCGCAUGCAUCCCACAAACGGACACUCCAUCGGGCCCCUUGGCCAUCCAAACGGUCCACACGACCAACACAAUCCCCACAACCAUCACCAACAUCCCGCGUUCAGCAGCCAAGGCCCACCGUCGGACGGGCCGCACCACCAGCACCACAACCCCACGAUAGCCAACAACAACAACAAUAACAACAACAACACUGUUAAAGUUUGUGCGGGCUGUGGCGGUAAAAUAGUCGAACGGUUCCUACUGCACGCUCUCGAUCGGUACUGGCACAACGGGUGUCUAAAGUGUUCGUGCUGUGCGGCGAUGCUGGCUGAUUUGGGCACAUCGUGCUUCACCAAAGGCGGAAUGAUACUCUGCAAACAAGACUAUAUGAGGUUGUUCGGAAGCACGGGAGCGUGCAGCGCCUGCGGCCAGACGAUACCCGCCUCCGAGUUCGUGAUGCGUAGCGGCGGAGGCGGCUCGCCGGCCGCGCCGGGGGGCGGCCAGCCGCUGCACGUGUUUCACCUGAAAUGCUUCAUGUGCAGCAAGUGUCUGGCACCGCUGGUACCUGGCGAUAGGUACUACAUGCUGGCCGGCAGUCUGGUCUGCGAACAGGACUGGCACAAGCUGCUCAAGAGCUCCGCCGCCGCCCCCACGGUACGCAAGGGCAAGGUAGGAAGGCCCCGCCGGAGUCGCGACUGAAUAGAGCCUAACGCAGAUGCAGUUGUACCGUGGUAGCCGGGAAUGAAUGGACGUGCAAUAGUUUGUAAAAAAAAAUUGAAGCAUAUCCGCCCCCCCGAUUGGCCGAUUCGGUGAUAAAACGGACAAACAAACAAACAAACAAAAAAAAUAAACAAAACAAAAUAUUGUGAACUGCUGCAUAUCGUUGGGGUCGUGGAUGGGGUCCCGAUUUUUGCCGGAAUAAAAUAAUCGCUCGAAUUACGGCCCUGGCAAGAAAACACUCUCAAUUAUGAACUCUUGAUAUAUAUAAAAAAAACUGUUCAACUGUUGUUUCAUAAACGUUGAUUGAAAAUUGAUUAAAUUAUUGUGGAUUCUGUUAUUCAGUGAUGGCUAUGAACAUUUUUCCAUCGUGUGUAAUGUAAAGUGAUUUUAAAUUUAACAAUUCGCGAGUUUUUAUUUAGUAUGUUGUUGUUAUUUUUGUAAAUAAUAAAGUAUUGUUAAUUAUGA